UUCGCCUGGUCCCACUUCUUCCGCAACAGCAGCAGCGGAACUUUCCUGGAGCUCGGGGCCCUUGAUGGGUCGACCUACUCCAACUCCUUCUACUUCGAGCGUGCCAUGGGAUGGCGGGGGAUCUUGAUCGAGGCCGAUCCUGACAACUUCAGGCAGCUCGUCAAGAACAGGCCGGACCAGGUGCUGGUGCAUGCGGCGAUCUGCAAGGAGGAACGGGAGGUUCACUACAUGACAUCGGGAGGGCCCGCAGUGCGCGGCAUCUACGAGUUCAUGGCCCCCUCCUUUCUUCGGUACUGGCAC